CAAGGCGAAGCCAAAAUUAGUGCAAGCGCAGGCCAGGGACAGAGCGGAUCUCCGUUGCCGUCGAGAUGCAGCUCAUCUACACGACACUGGUGCUGGGGCUCCUCUCCGCGACCCUUCUCGAGGCGGCCAUUCUUCCGUUGACCCUGAUCAAGGAGAGCGUGAACUACAAUCAGGCGCUGCCCAUGGAUACGGAGAAGUUCGGCUAUCUGGAGGUUAAGCCUAAUGGCUCGCUGUUUUUACGGAAGGCUCCCAGCCAGGGUGGUAAUAACCGGCAGAAUCUUCUAAUGCUGCGGGGCAUUCUUCAGGCUCUGAAGAUCACUCCGUUUCACAUUUCCGAAGCUGGUGGCCAAACCAGGCUGGACCUAAAGAUCUACGGAGACGGAGUGGAGCACAAGUUUCCGCCGAUUUUGGAGAACAUCAUUAGGCGCAUUCAGACCUACUUCUCGGUCUAUCGCUACUCAGACACCAGUCAGCCCUUGCAGCGGGUGGAAAUAUCAACUCUAGCGGCAGAGGAAUCUCCAAAUGUGACCACCUUGCAACCCCCGGACGAGGAUGAACUGAUAGCCAUAGGAGAACAGGAUGCCUACAUUACAGUGGGCGAGGAUGCCGAUGCCCUGCAUCGCUCCAUUUAUUAAAUAUUUAUGCCUCUAGCUGUUCAUCAGUAUCAGUAGACCUGACACCCACCCCGGCCAAGAACCAAGAGAAAAAACCAACGACACACGCAAAAGGAUGGUGGAUAAGGGAUGGGAAUUGAGGAACAGGGAUUAGGAAUCAGGGAUAAGGAGAGAGCACCGACAGUCAGGUCUGCCGGCUACUUUUACAACAACAGCAACGAAC